AUGGCCUCUGUCAAGGCCUUUCCGACGAUCAAAACAGUCCGGACCUUUGUCAUCGAAGGUGUCGGCUCUGGCGGGGAUUACCACAAUGUCGAGGGUGGCCACUGGCUCAUUGACAACAAAAUUGCGACACCCAUGUCGAAAUGGGAGCAAUACCGAAAGUCUCGGACGUCCUUCGGCAUCAAUGUCCUGGGCUCGUUUUGUGUCGAGAUCGAAGCCACAGAUGGCACGAAAGGCUUCGCAACGGGGUUCGGGGGCCCUCCAGGCUGCUGGCUCGUCCAGCAACAUUUUGAACGCUUCCUCCUCGGCCGAGAUCCUCGAGAUGUGAAUGAUCUGUACGAGCUCAUGUACAAGGGCUCUAUGUUUUAUGGACGAAAAGGUCUCCCGAUCGCCGUCAUCUCGGUCAUUGACCUUGCUCUGUGGGAUCUUCUGGGCAAGAUCCGGAAUGAGCCUGUGUACAAGAUGAUUGGCGGUGCUACGAGAAACAGACUCGAUUUUUACUGCACAGGACCUGAACCCGCCGCUGCGAAAAAGAUGGGGUUUAUCGCCGCCAAGGUGGCCUUGCCGUACAGCGCGGAUGAGCCUGAUAGUCUGAGGAAGAAUAUUGCAUUUCUCAAGAAACACCGGGAGGAUGUUGGCCCCGACUUCCCCUUACGAGUGGACUGCUGGAUGUCACUAAAUGUGCAGUACACCAUUGAGCUCGUGAGCGAGGCGAAGAGACAAGAUAUCCGAAUUGACUGGUGGGAAGAAGUCCUCUCACCGGAUGACUUUGACGGUUUCCAAUUGCUGAAGAGGGCACAUCCGGACACCAAAUUCACCACGGGAGAACAUGAGUAUUCUCGAUAUGGUUUCCGGAAACUAAUCGAAGGUCGGAACGUCGACAUCAUCCAACCCGACGUUAUGUGGCUUGGAGGUCUGACCGAGCUCCUCAAAGUCUCCUCCAUGGCCGCUGCAUAUGACAUCCCUGUGGUCCCCCACGCCUCUGGCCCCUAUUCCUACCACUUUGUUGUCAGCCAGCACAACUCGCCUUUCCAAGAGUACUUGGCCAACAGCCCCGAUGGUAAGAGUGUGCAGCCUGUGUUUGGCGAUCUUUUCUUGAAUGAGCCUAUUCCACACAAUGGCUAUCUCGACGUCAGCGUGCUGGACAAACCCGGGUUUGGUCUGGAGCUGAAUCCUAAUGCCAGAUUGGUUGACGCGACUGGUCUCUUGGGAAUGAAGCCUCAGAAGUCUCUCACACCACCAAAUGAGAAUGGGCAAGCCAAGGUGAACGGCGACCAUGGUACAACGUGA